AUGGCCUUGAAAUCCAGAAACCUGUUCCAUAGAAACAAAAAAACGGUGGAUCAACAUCAGGAUUCUGAUACCGAUUCCGUGAGUGAGGAUGAAGCUCCAGUUAUCAAGAAGGAAAAAUCAAGAAGACCAAAGGAAAACAACUUUACACAACAAAAGCUAAAAGCCAUACAUCCUAUAAUAACGCCUAAAUAUGUUAUCCCUCUGUUUCUACUGCUAGCUGUGCUAUUUAUUCCUUUAGGUGCUGGUAUGCUGUACGGGGCAUAUAAAGUUGAGGAUUUAACUAUUGAUUAUACAACUUGUGCAAAUGCUUCAGAUUCUUACACUGAUAUGCCAAGGGAAAAAUAUGAAUUCAAUUUCAAAAACAAUAUUACAAUAACUCCAAAAUGGAGAUAUAGUUUGAAUGAAACUGAAACCGAUCCAGUGGAACAAGGUUUAUGUCAUAUCCAAUUUCAAAUCCCAAAUGAUAUUGGUCCAGCUGUUUUCCUGUUGUACAAAAUCAAGAAUUUCUAUGCAAACCAUCGUCGUUUUGCUAAAUCGUAUAGUGAAGACCAGUUAAAUGGUAAAGAUGCCUCAUUAAACCUUAUCAAAAACACUGUUGGUCAAAAUUGUGAGCCUUUAAGUGAAAAUAGUGAAGGUAAAAGAUAUUAUCCAUGUGGGUUGAUUGCAAACUCUUUAUUCAAUGACACUUAUAGUGGAUUAACUGCUGUUAAUUCUACAUCUGAUGAUUACACAAUGACAAACAAGGGUAUUGCUUGGAGUACCAACAAGAAUAGAUUUAAAAAGACUAAAUAUAAUGCAUCAGAUGUUGCACCACCACCAAACUGGGCUAAAAUGUAUCCAGAUGGUUAUACAGAAGAUAAUAUUCCUGAUAUUUCAACCUGGUCUGAAUUCCAAAACUGGAUGCAAACACCAGGCUUAUCAACAUUCAGUAAAUUGGCUUUAAGAAAUGAUGAUGAUGUCUUAAAAGCUGGUACUUAUGAAGUUGUUGUCGGUUUACAUUGGCCAGUCACUGAAUUCAACGGUAACAAAUCAGUCUACCUGACUACAAGAUCAGUCAUUGGUGGUCGUAAUCCAUUCUUGGGUAUUGCAUGGAUUGUUGCUGGUGGUAUUUGUCUUGUUUUGAGUAUUGUUUUCUUGAUUAUAAAUUUGGUUGUUCCUCGUAAAAUGGGUGAUAUUUCACUAUUAAGUUGGAACCAACAGCACGAAUAA